AUGGUUCCUCAACCAAGUAUCCUCGCCCUCGCAGCAGGCCUGGCAGGGCUCACAUCAGCCUCGCCUGUGCAGCCUAAAACCGGAAGCUUCUCUGUUUCCCAGGUUGCUAACGUCAACUUCAAAGCUCAUGGUCCCGCCCAGCUCGCAAAGGCACUAUCCAAGUAUGGAGUUUCGAUACCAGAUGGCCUCGCUCGUAACAUGGCCAACUUGGACGCCGCCCGCAUCGCGGUACGAACCUCGGGCAGUGCUACGACGACACCGGAGCAGUACGAUAUCCAAUAUCUCACGCCCGUUAGCAUCGGUAGUCCACCACAAACCCUAAAUCUCGACUUCGAUUCUGGCUCAUCCGACCUCUGGGUUUUCAGCUCAAAAAUGCCGUCCGAUUCAGUCCAGGGACAGACCAUAUACGAUCCCAGUAAAAGCAAAACGGCAACAGAAGUAAAGGGGGCGUCUUGGCAUAUCACGUACGGUGACCAAAGCACAUCCAAAGGUGUUGUUUAUCGUGACACGGUUACUGUCGGUAACGUGACAGUUCAAGGUCAGGGUGUUGAGGCUGCUACCCAGGUGUCCGACCAGUUUACGAGGGAUGCUAGCAACGACGGUCUCCUCGGUCUUGCAUUUUCUCGUCUCAACACGGUCCAACCACAGCAGGAGCUAACAUGGUUCGAUAAUGCUGUGAAAAGCCUCGACCACCCUGUCUGGACUGCGGAUCUCAAAUACCACAAAGCUGGUACAUAUGACUUUGGUGUUAUUGACAAGUCGAAAUAUGCGGGGAAAAUCUCAUACGUCGACGCCAACUCGACGACUGGCUUUUGGAUGUUCGACAUGUCGGGCUAUAGUGUCGGCAAUUCCACAUUCAAGCCCUCCCCAUUCCAGGGCAUCGCAGAUACGGGAACGACACUCGCUCUACUACCUUCGCCAAUAGUCCAAGACUACUACAAGGCUGUUUCUGGCGCCAAAGUAGACCUUUUCCAGGGCGGUUACGUCUUCCCUUGCUCGGCCAAGCUACCGAACUUCAUUCUCGGUAUCGGGCAGGCCAAAAUCGCCAUUCCUGGUAAAUAUAUCAACUAUGCCCCUAUAGACAAGUCUGGCAAGACCUGUUUCGGCGGCAUACAGUCCGACGAGGGCGUUGGUUUCUCCAUCAUUGGCGACGUGGCGCUCAAGGCCGCAUUUGUCGUCUUUGACGCAACGGCUGCGCAACCCCGGCUGGGUUGGGCUCAGAAGCAAUUAUAA